UGAUGUCCAGACGUCGUUCUAGCGAGCUAAAUCGUGUCGAAAUGUCAAAUGUCUAUUUUUGCCGUUUAGUAUUGUAGUAAUACUAUGUUUGGUCGUAGUGACUCCCAGGCGGAAUGAUACCAAACUGGACUGAUACAUAAGACGACUCCACGUGAAAGUUACAGCUGUUCUUUUGACAUUGUAAACGUGCAGCUCGCCUGCCUUAGCAAUGUUCCCACCUCCUUUCUGCUCCUUAUCACAGUAAACCAGUUAAAGUACAGCUUAUUGCACAGCCUCCUGCGGAAUCAGCACUUCUUUCAACAUAUAACACUGUCCGCAAAAGCAGUCUGCUCUUUUUCAGCCCUGGUGCCUGGACACUCCACAUCUACUCCUCCCUCAUUCCCCCCAAAAAACAACUAAUAGUAGCAAAUAGGAGAAAUGAGCACCGAACAGCCGAUUUUCUCUAAAGGAGAGAACUGCAAGCAAGGCUGGCACGACGCGAGCGCCGAUUACAAUGAGUCCGACACACACCUCGAGAUUUUGGGCAAACCUGUCAUGGAGCGUUGGGAGACUCCGUACAUGCACUCGCUCGCAACAGUCGCAGCGUCAAAAGGUGGACGUGUUCUUGAGAUAGGCUUUGGUAUGGCUAUAGCUGCCUCUAAAGUUGAAUCUUUUCCUAUUGAGGAACACUGGAUCAUUGAAUGCAAUGACGGUGUAUACCAGAGGUUGCAGGAAUGGGCCAAGUCUCAACCACACAAGAUUGUUCCUCUGAAAGGCCUAUGGGAAGACGUGGUUCCCACUCUCCCUGACGGUCACUUUGAUGGAAUUCUAUAUGACACAUAUCCCUUGUCAGAGGAAACAUGGCAUACUCACCAGUUUAACUUCAUUAAGGCCCAUGCUAAGAGGCUGCUGAAAUCUGGAGGUGUUCUCACCUACUGCAACCUUACCUCCUGGGGUGAACUGCUCAAGUCCAAAUAUGACAACAUAGACAAAAUGUUCCAGGAAACACAGGUGCCUCAGCUGGUGGAAGCUGGAUUCAAAAAGGAGAAUAUUAGCACCACACUGAUGGACAUCAGUCCACCAAGCGACUGCAAAUACUAUUCCUUCAACAAAAUGAUUACACCAACUAUACUUAAAGAAUAAGCUACAAGCCCAGACUGCCUGCAUACAUACCCAUCAACUGUGCUUAUUGUGUGUUGUAAUUUUUAAAAAAUGCUAUCUGUUGUAUAGUAAAAGUAUUAAAAAAUAAAAAUACAAAGAUUUUGUAUAAUUGAAAUAGUGGGGGCCAUAAAAGAUGCAUAAAUAUCCAUGCAAAUAAAAAGCACAAAACUGUA